AUGACUCAAGACCAUGUUGCCCAAACUCCGGUACCCUCACCGCCACACGACCCCUCGCACGAAGAGCACCAGUACCUCAAUCUUAUCCGUGACAUCCUCUCUCAGGGCGAGCACCGACCCGACCGCACAGGUACUGGCACACAAUCAAUCUUCGCACCACCUCAACUCCGCUUCUCCCUCUCCAAGCCCAACCCAGAAGGCGGCGACCCGAUCCCCGUCCUGCCCCUUCUCACCACAAAGCGAGUCUUCCUGCGCGCCGUGCUCGCUGAACUCCUCUGGUUUAUGUCCGGCUGCACAUCAUCGCUUCCCCUCUCCGAAGCGGGCAUUAAGAUCUGGGACGGAAACGGAAGCCGCGAGUUCUUGGACAAGGUUGGUCUCGGCCACCGCGAGGAAGGCGACCUGGGGCCCGUCUACGGAUUCCAAUGGCGGCACUUUGGUGCUCAAUAUGUCGAUGCCAAAACCGACUACACCGGACAGGGCGUCGAUCAGCUUAAGGACGUCGUGAACAAGCUCAUUAACAAUCCUUUUGAUCGUCGUAUCAUCAUGAGUGCCUGGAACCCCGCAGAUCUACCAAAGAUGGCUCUGCCACCAUGCCACAUGUUCGCUCAAUUCUACGUCUCGUUCCCUCCUGGCAUGAAGCUCGAUGAGAAGACUGGCCGCCCAACAGAAAAGGGAACUCUCUCUUGUGUGCUCUACCAGAGAUCCUGUGAUAUGGGUCUUGGUGUACCCUUCAACAUCGCCUCCUACGCUCUUCUCACUCAUAUUCUUGCCCACGCUGCCGAUCUCCACCCCGGCACCCUCAUCCACACUAUGGGUGAUGCUCAUGUCUACCUUGACCACGUCGAUGCGCUUAAUGAGCAGCUUACCCGGGAACCCACAGAAUUCCCCGAGCUGUGCAUUAAGCGUGAUGAUCGUGGAAGUGCAGUCGUUGAUGGCUGGAAGGAGGAUGAGUUCGAGGUCAUUGGUUACAAGCCUCACAAGAUCAUCAAGAUGAAGAUGAGCGUUUAA